CCACAGCACUUGGGAAGCAGAGGCAGAGUGGAUUUCUGUGAAUUACAACCCAGCCAGGGUUUGUAGUGAUACCCUGUCUGAAUGUAAUUUCAGCAGAGAGUCUGGUGAGAUAACUCAGUGGUAAGGACACUUGCUGCCAAUCCUGACCUGCGUUUGAUCCUCAAAUCCUGUAAGUGGUCCUCUGACCGCUACGUGUGUGCCCCAAUAAGUUAAAAAAAGAGUACACCCAGCAAGUUAUGGUAUUGGUGUUGUUAAUCAUACACUUGGGAGGCUGAGGCAGGAGGCCUUCUGAGAGUUCAGAGACAGCUUGGGUCACAUACAUAAUGAGUUUCAGGCUAGACUGAGCUAGAGUGAGGCAAUAAAUAAAUAAUGAUAAAGUCUCAGUCCCCACCUUGAUAUUUUCUAUGAGUAUUUUUGCAUAAUUUUGUGUUCCACUUACAUUUCACUUAGAAUUUUUGGCUUGUUUGUUGACUGUCUUCUAUUCUCUACACCUUAAGACACAUUAUCAGCAAGAAUUUUUGCCUGUUUUGCUCAUUACAUCGUACUCAAUAUCUGGAUGAGUACCUGGCAUUUUUAAUAUUUAAAUGAAUGAGAUUUUGCCCAAAAAGACAUCUAUCAAGCUCUCUGUAAGAAAGGAGCCAGUCCAUCUCCAGAUUGGCCUUUCUGUGAGGGAUGUCAGUGACUAUGAUAGUUACUUCAAAGCUGUAAAUAGGUUUAUUGGCAAUACUAAAAUAUAACACUACAAAUCCCGAGAAGCCUUGGUGUGUCUGAAUCUUUUGUUUCCCAUAGUGCCCUGCGCGGCACAGGCGCAUUACUUCCUCCUUGAGCCUCGGAAGUUUGAAUCACAGCCCACUCCCUCCGCCCCCCAGGUGCCUGGCUUGUCGUUGGUUUGUUUCCGGAUACAGGGCCUCGGGAAGGUGGAACUUAAGGCUGGGAGCCAAUAGUACAGGCUGUCAAUUGGCCAGCAAAUGAAAUUGACGUUUUCAUCAACUAGUGGGAAAAAGCAGUUGCCAAAGGGGCCCGCCUACAGAAGGGAAAGAAGGGAAUUGGAAGCCAAGGCAAUCGUGGCUGGACAGUGCUCAGGCCCGAGGACCAGUGGUACUCAGACUUACCUUUGACCUUUUCCUGCCCGCCUUCCGCCUAGCUUUUGAACCCCGCCUCCUCCAAGUUUUUCUGAUCCAGCGCAUUAGACCUGGACCCAAAUCAUGUUCCCGGUAAAGGUGAAAGUGGAGAAAUCAGUUGGUCUCUCCACUGAGUGACACUAAAACUGCUUUCAAAGUACCUGGACCAGACAGAACCUAGGAUCGCCUCCCACAGUGGAUGUGGGAGACGCAGCACACAGAGCUGACUCCUACAUUCUGCCCUCAGAGAUGGAGAUGGCCAAAGCCCGGAACCAGCUGGAUGCCGUUCUUCAGUGUCUGCUGGAGAAGAGUCACAUGGACAGGGAACGCCUGGAUGAAGAAGCUGGGAAAACCCCCUCGGAUAUGCACAACAAGGACUGUUCCAUUGCUGCCACUGGCAAAAGGCCAUCUGCCCGCUUCCCCCACCAGCGGAGGAAGAAGAGGAGAGAAAUGGACGAUGGGCUCGCUGAGGGGGGUCCUCAGAGAUCCAAUACGUAUGUGAUCAAGCUGUUUGACCGGAGUGUGGACUUGGCCCAGUUCAGUGAGAACACACCGUUGUACCCCAUCUGCCGCGCCUGGAUGCGCAACAGCCCCACAGUGCGAGAGCGCGAGCGCUCACCCGGCUCACCACUGCCCCCUCUGCCCGAGGAUGGAGAGGGUUCAGAGGUCAUCAACAGCAAAAAUCGUGAUGUGUACAAGCUGCCUCCACCCACAGCCCCUGGACCACUUGGAGAUGCCUGUAGAUCCCGAAUUCCAUCCCCAUUGCAGCCUGAGACCCAGGGUACCCCCGAUGAUGAACCCUCCGAGCCAGAACCUUCUCCUUCCACACUUAUCUAUCGCAACAUGCAACGUUGGAAACGCAUACGCCAGAGGUGGAAGGAGGCAUCUCAUCGGAACCAGCUUCGUUACUCAGAAAGUAUGAAGAUCCUACGGGAGAUGUAUGAUCGGCAGUGAUCUUCCCAGUAGCCCCAAUAAACCUGCCCCAGCCACACUGACCAGCCCAUCUUUCCUGGCCCAGACA